UGCUGUCUCACAUUGCGGAAAACGGGCUGAGUAAUCAGUGUUCCUCAAACAGUGAGUAGGGGGGUGGCAAGUGACAGCAUUGGGCGGGAUGAAUCCUUUGACCCCUCGUGUUUGCGCACGCACGGCUGUGUGCGCCUUGUGCCGAUGACCACGGUCAGAUAAAUGGCCCGGCCAAAACACACCUCACUCACUCACUUCUGUCACAGCGACAUGGCGCCUGCACACACAUACACCACUGUGGCCUUCCUUCUCCUGUUCUCCGCCUCGUCUGCCCAACGAGGCGAUUAUUCGGAGACCUGCACCUUUGCGGAUGGCUUUGGUACCUACUGCCCAACCACAUGUGGAGUUGCCAAUUACCUGAACAGGUACAAGCCCAGUGUUGACAAAGACCUUGCUGAAAUAGAGAAUUUGUUGGAGAACAUAGCCAACCAAACAAAGGGAGCGCAAGACAGAGUGGUCUACAUGAGAGAUUCCACUGCACAUGCCCAGAAGUCCAGUUCUCCAGACUUAUACAUCAAGAAGUCAUCAAACAUGUUGGACGAUAUACUGAGAUUUGAAAAAAGCAUCAUAAGCCAAGAAUCGCAAAUAUAUUCAUUGCAAGAAACCAUCGACUCCAACGAAAAACGGAUGCUGCAGCUGAAGCAGAUGAUCCUCCAGCUGGAGCAGAAGUGUAAACUGCCUUGUGAGGACACUGUGAAGAUCGAACCCAUUACAGGCAAAGAUUGUCAAGAUGUUGCCAAUAGAGGAGCCAGGACCAGCGGCCUGUACUACAUAAAACCCCUGAAAGACAAGGAGCAGUUCUUGGUCUACUGUGAGAUAGACAACUAUGGACGCGGUUGGACCGUGCUUCAGAGGAGACGUGAUGGCAGCGUUGACUUCUCCAGACCCUGGAUCCCAUACAAAGAGGGAUUCGGAUACCUGUCGCCCGACGACACAACCGAAUUCUGGCUGGGCAACGAGAAGAUGCACCUGCUUACGAAGCAACCCCCUGUUGCAUAUGUGCUGAGGGUAGAGCUCAAAGACUGGGAUGGAAACAAAAGGUACGCGGACUAUCACACUUUCAGAGUGGCACCAGAGACCGACCAGUAUAGGCUGACCUAUGCUUUUUAUCAGGGGGGUGACGCUGGAGACGCAUUCGAUGGGGUCGAUUUUAAAGGCGACUCGAGUGACAAAUUCUCUACGUCUCACAAUGGAAUGCAGUUCAGUACCAGUGACCGAGACAAUGACAAAUACGAGCAAAACUGCGCCCUGCAGGAUGGCUCUGGCUGGUGGAUGAAUCGUUGCCAUGCUGCUCAUCUCAACGGGAAAUACUACAGAGGAGGAAAAUACUCAGAGAAAGAUGUUGGCGGCACGGGGUUCGACAAUGGCAUAAUUUGGGCAACAUGGCACGACCGUUGGUACUCCUUGAAGGAAACCACCAUGAAGAUCAUCCCGAUCAACAAGUUAACAGCAGGUGGAGAACAGAGUGGAUCGAAGGUCAUCAGUAACCCGUGAGACAUAUAAUGGACAUAUACCAAGUAGCUGCAGUAUUGUGACUAUGUUUGUGCUGUUCUGCUCCAACAAAAUAAGCACUGGUUAUAGAUUUGGCUUGACUGGUUACAGGCUGUUUGUCCAUUUGACCAAUAAAUGUUAUCUACUCUGUGCAAAAAAA